AUCGGAGAAACCCCGAGCCGGGUCGGCGGAGCAGUCACCGUCGGAAUCCCGCGCGGCGGUCAGCGGCCGCCGAGAUCUGCAGGGUGAGGUGGAACCAUUCUGGCUUAAGUACAGAUGCCAAGUGUGUGUGACCUGUGCUCUCUUCUAGGCUACAUGUCUCCCUGAAGGACAAGAACGAUGUUAUGUUGGGGGUAUUGGUCUCUGGGCCAGCCUGGGAUGAGCCCUAACCUGCAGGGGAUUGUGGCCGAGCCACAGCUGUGUGGAUUUACGUCCGACAGACGCGUCAAGGAAGUGGCCUGCGGAGGCAGCCACUCCGUGUUCCUGCUGGAGGAUGGGGAAGUUUACACGUGCGGUUUGAACACCAAGGGGCAGCUGGGCCACGAGAGGGAAGGAAACAAGCCAGAGCAAAUUGGAGCUUUGGCAGAUCAGCAUAUUGUCCACGUGGCGUGUGGCGAGUCCCACAGUCUGGCCCUCAGUGACCGGGGCCAGCUGUUUUCUUGGGGUGCAGGGAGCGAUGGUCAACUAGGACUCGUGACUACCGAGGACUCUGUGGUAGUACCCAGGUUAAUACAAAAGCUGAACCAGCAGACAAUAUUACAAGUUUCCUGCGGCAACUGGCAUUGCUUGGCUCUUGCAGCUGAUGGGCAGUUCUUCACGUGGGGGAAGAACAGCCAUGGGCAGCUGGGCCUGGGGAAGGAGUUCCCCUCCCAAGCCAGCCCGCAGAGGGUGAGGUCCCUGGAGGGGAUCCCGCUGGCACAGGUGACUGCAGGAGGGGCCCACAGCUUUGCCCUGUCUCUCUCGGGAGCCGUGUUUGGCUGGGGGAUGAAUAACGCGGGGCAGCUCGGGCUCAGUGAUGAGAAAGAUCGAGAGUCUCCUUGCCAUGUGAAGCUGCUACGAACACAGAAGGUCGUCUAUAUCAGUUGCGGAGAAGAGCAUACGGCAGUUCUCACAAAAAGUGGAGGUGUGUUUACCUUUGGUGCUGGUUCCUGUGGGCAACUUGGACAUGAUUCCAUGAAUGAUGAGGUUAAUCCCAGAAGAGUCCUGGAGCUGAUGGGCAGUGAAGUCACUCAGAUUGCCUGUGGCAGACAACACACCCUAGCCUUUGUGCCUUCUUCUGGACUCAUCUAUGCGUUUGGUUGUGGAGCAAGAGGUCAAUUAGGAACUGGACACACUUGUAAUGUCAAGUGCCCAUCACCUGUGAAAGGUUACUGGGCCGCCCAUAGUGGCCAGCUUUCAGCCAGAGCUGAUCGCUUUAAAUAUCAUAUUGUUAAGCAGAUCUUCUCUGGAGGAGACCAGACUUUUGUACUUUGCUCCAAAUAUGAGAAUUCUUCUCCUGCUGUUGACUUCAGGAUGAUGAACCAAGCCCAUUACACCAGUUUAAUAAAUGAUGAAACCAUAGCAGUUUGGAGACAAAAACUCUCAGAACACAACAACGCAAAUACAAUCAACGGUGUCAUUCAGAUAUUAUCUUCUGCAGCCUGUUGGAAUGGAAGUUUUCUUGAGAAAAAGAUUGAUGAGCAUUUUAAAACAAGUCCCAAAAUCCCUGGGAUUGACCUGAACUCAACUAGAGUGUUAUUUGAGAAGUUAAUGAACUCUCAGCACUCCCUGAUUCUAGAACAGAUCUUAAAUAGCUUUGAAAGUUGCCUGAUUCCUCAGUUGUCAAGUUCACCACCAGAUGUUGAAGCAAUGAGAAUCUACUUAAUACUACCCGAGUUUCCCCUGCUCCAGGAUUCUAAGUAUUACAUAACGUUGACUAUUCCCCUGGCUAUGGCCAUUCUGCGGCUGGAUACAAACCCCAGCAAAGUCUUAGAUAACUGGUGGUCUCAGGUAUGCCCGAGAUACUUCACGAAGCUGGUAAACCUCUAUAAGGUGCAGUCGGUUUAUCUACUGAGAGGAAGAAAGACAUUCUUAAUUCCUGUACUGUUUAACAAUUAUGUUACAGCAGCGCUCAAGCUCUUGGAGAAGUUAUACAAGGUAAAUCUUAAAGUGACGCAUGUGGAAUAUGAUACAUUUUAUAUUCCUGAAAUUUCCAGUCUUGUGGACAUUCAGGAAGACUACCUCAUGUGGUUCUUACAUCAAGCAGGCAUGAAGGCUAGACCAUCUAUAAUGCAGGAUGCUGUAACACUUUGUUCCUACCCUUUCAUCUUUGAUGCCCAAGCUAAGACCAAAAUGUUGCAGACCGACGCUGAGCUGCAGAUGCAGGUGGCGGUCAACGGGGCCAACCUGCAGAACGUCUUCAUGCUUCUCACCCUGGAGCCUCUGCUGGCCAGAAGCCCCUUCCUGGUCCUUCACAUUCGCCGGAGCAACCUUGUCGGCGACGCCCUGAGAGAGCUGAGCAUUCAUUCUGAUAUUGAUUUGAAAAAGCCUCUCAAAGUCAUUUUUGAUGGUGAAGAAGCAGUGGAUGCUGGUGGUGUCACAAAGGAGUUCUUUCUUUUACUAUUAAAAGAAUUGUUGAAUCCCAUCUAUGGAAUGUUUACCUACUAUCAGGAUUCAAAUCUCUUGUGGUUUUCAGAUAAGUGUUUUGUAGAGCACAACUGGUUUCACUUGAUUGGCAUAACCUGCGGACUCGCCACCUACAACUCCACCGUGGUGGACCUGCACUUCCCGUUGGCUCUCUAUAAGAAGCUACUGAACGUGAAGCCUGGCCUGGAGGACUUGAAGGAGCUGUCACCCACGGAAGGAAGGAGUCUUCAAGAACUUUUAGAUUACCCUGGGGAAGAUAUUGAGGAGACUUUCUGCCUCAACUUCACGAUUUGUCGAGAAAGCUAUGGCGUGAUUGAACAGAAGAAGCUGAUACCUGGGGGAGACAAAGUGGCUGUGUGCAAGGAGAACAGGCAGGAAUUUGUGGAUGCUUAUGUGAAUUACGUCUUCCAAAUCUCAGUGCAUGAGUGGUACACAGCCUUCUCCAGCGGCUUCCUAAAGGUGUGCGGUGGCAAAGUGCUUGAGCUCUUCCAGCCUCCAGAGCUGAGGGCCAUGAUGGUGGGGAGCAGCAGCUACAGCUGGGAAGAGCUGGAGGAGACUGCCAUCUACAAGGGCGAUUACUCAGCUACACAUCCCACUGUGAAACUAUUCUGGGAAACAUUUCAUGAGUUCCCAUUGGAAAAGAAGAAGAAGUUUCUCUUGUUCCUGACAGGCAGCGACCGCAUCCCCAUCUACGGCAUGGCCAGCCUGCAGAUCGUCAUCCAGCCCACAGCCAGUGGGGAGGAGUACUUGCCCGUGGCCCACACCUGCUACAACCUUCUGGACCUCCCCAAGUACAGCAGCAAAGAGGUCCUGUGUGCACGGCUGACCCAGGCCCUUGACAACUACGAGGGGUUCAGUUUGGCCUGAGGCUCCCCAGCUUGCCCCAGAUUCCCCUUCCUUCCUCCACGUCCACGUUGAGGCCCAUACAGAAAAUCAUGGGGAGUGAGUUCUGGUUUUUUUAAUUGUAUAAGUGGGUUGGAACUUUUGAAUCCUGAACCCGGUUGAUGCAUUUCUGGGGUGGUAAGCAGUGACCUUUUUGAAAAAUCAGGGGUUAGGAAUGGGGUGAAAAACUGGCCCUUGUCUGGGAAGCGAUUUUGUCUCUAAACCCAGUUCCCCGUUGUUCUGUGCACUUGUGACUAUGUUGUACUCUGCUGGAUAAAAGGGCAGUGGAUUUUUAAACUUGCAUCCCCCAGGUGUCUCUCUCAGCCCUGAUCUUUCCUCAUGACGCUUCCUUGUCUUCCUAACUUCUCAUUCCUCUGCAAGAAUGAUUUGACUGACCUGUCCUUUCUCACCUGCACAUGCAGAACAUCUCCUUUCUCUGCAGCCUUGGAAAUGCUCCUGGCUUGUUGCCGUCCAACCCUAAGGGCUGAGAAGGAAAGGAUUACUUCAGAAAUUCCCAAGCCCAACAAGCUGAAUCUGGGUCCGUGACUUUGGCGGAACUCUUGCGAAUUUAUGGGAGCCUUUCAUAAACCUGCCUUGCCUAAGAAAACAGUUCUUGAGGGACUGGCCAUCUCCCUGUGGCUCUGCCUAUUCCCGGCCCUCCUCAAAGGGGUGCAGAGCCGCUUGGCUUCGCAGCUGAGCCGAAUUCUGUCGGGUGGACCCGCCAAGCCCUUUUGACAACAAGAUGAGGUAACAGGCCCUCCCCCUCUUGCAUCAUUUUGCUUUUGGAGCAGGUUGCAUUAAUUUUCUAGGGAGUAUUUUCUCCCAGAAAAGUAGAACUAAUAAAUUUCUUAUCCUUUUCCCUAUCACUUUCUGCCUCUACCACUUCAUCUCUCCUCCCCACCCUCCUACUUUUCUCUUCACUUCAUGCCAUUCUUUGUUACCUGACUGAACGUCCCUUCCUCUCCUCUCCUCCUAGUGGAUGCAUGCAGUCUAUUUUAGUUUUCUAUUUAAAUUGCAAAAUUUCUACUCAGAUUUUUUUUUUUUUUCCUCUUCCCUAACUAACUGCUAAGACUUAAGGACAUUCUUUAUUAUGGAACUUUUGUUUAUUGCAUUUGAAAUGUGUGUUUACAGUGGGAUUUCAGGAGGGAUUGUGUUUGAAGCAAAUACAUGUAUUUCAAAAAUCAUGACACACUCAACCUUCUUCAUCCUGGGAUAAGAAAAUUCUACGUGAGCAAAGAAUCCAUGUCAGCCUAAUUUUAAAUUCCUAGUCACUAGAGAAAAGACUUAUUUAUAUAAAAUGAAGUAUUUAUGAACCGUGAGACAGCAUCAAAUCUCAAUGAAGGAUUGUAGAUUUUUUGCUUUUUGUUUUUAAAACUUAUUCCAAUUGCUGAAUUGGUAGUUUUUCAGUCUUUAUAAUACAAGAUUAAAAAAAGAUAUACAGUUAUAUGAAACGUUUAUUUUCUAUGUGUGUGCAUAUAGUUCAAUAUUAUGCAAUAAAUUUGCUGUUUUAACGUAA